AUGAAGCGAAUGAAUCCACGCUGGAAGUCGCCCCCCAUGUGGCCGUCGGGAGUGGGGAGCAGGCAGCCCUGCCCGCGGGAGUCGGCGCUGCGCAGGGCGGCCGUCAGCGGCAACAUCAACGCCCUGCCGCCGCACCACGUCCCCACAGGCCGCAGCGUCCGCGUCUUCAUCUGUGCCAACCCCGACGACACGGAAGCAGAGAGGAACGCACUGAAGGAGCACGUCUACCCCAAACUACGAGACUUCUGCAGGGAGAACUAUGGGAUUGAAUUCCAGGUGGUGGACCUGUACUGGGGAGUGGAUCCAGAGGAGUGGGACAGUCCGGACCUGCAGCGGCUGAGGAUGAAGCUGCUGGAGGAAUGUCUUCAGACGUCAGCGGGGCCGUGUUUUGUUGGUCUGGUGGGAGAGAAGUACGGCAGCAUCCGGGUGCCGGGCGAAGUGGAGUCGGCCGAGUUCGAGAUGAUCCUGGACGCGGCGGUGGAGGCCGGCCUGGACACACACAUCUUGGAGGAGUGGUACUGCAGGGAUGAAAACUCUGUGCCACCCGCAUACUACCUCAAACCCAAAGCCCAAAUGCUGAAGAACUACCAGAACUCGAUGGAGUCGAGCAGCGCGGCCAAGACCAAGAACGACAAGGCCUGGAGGAACGUGUCGGAGGAGAUCAAGAGGAUCUUCAGGACGUCCGUGCUGCAGCUCCAGGAGAAGGGGACCAUGAAGAGCCCUCAGGCCAAGAAGUUCCUUUGCUCUGCCUUAGAGGAUGAACUGGACUUUGCCCUCGGGAAACAAACUCCUGCCUUUCUCAGGAAAUGCGUCUGCUACAUCCGCAAGAUCUCCAACUUCGACCGCUUCGCCAAAAUCCCAGACAUGACCCGCUACAUGGACAUCGUGGUCAGCGGCGACCGCGUCAUGCGCAACCAGGAGUCCUACGAGCGCCUCCUCAAGGUGCGGGACGAGUUCAUCCCCACGGUGGUCGCCGCCUCCAACCUCCGCGUCUACUCCUCGGUCACGCACUGCGACAUGAAGCUGGGCUACUCGCAGGAGGUGGAGAGCCACUACGUGGAGGGCCUGUGCAAGCAGUUCUACGAGGACAUGGUGGACAUCAUCCAGGCCACGGUGCAGCAGAACUUCGACACGGAGACCGACCCGCUGUACGACGAGAUCCUGCAGCACCUGUCGCUCUGCAAGAACUACGCAGCGCACUACGAGUACAAGGCCGAGACGCUGGAUUACGUGCAGGAGUAUGUGCUGCCGUCCAAGGGGAGCAGAAUGAGCCCCCUGGUGGUGUAUGGAGGGCCGUGCACCGGGAAGACGCUGCUGUUGUCCGAGGUGGCCAAAGAGGCCUACACGUGGCUGCAGAAAGAGAUGGGCCCUGAAACCGACCCGGUGGUUGUCGUCCGUUUCAUCGGCUCCAGCCUGCUCUCCACAGACCUGCGCACCCUCCUCCAGAGCAUAUGUGAACAGAUUGCAAUCAACUACCGCUGCCUGAUUCACUUUUUGCCUAACAAGAUCCAGGAGAUGAGGGAGCUCCUGAUCAACCUGCUUGGGGAGUCAUCGUUCCACCGGCCCUUGGUCAUCGUCCUGGACGCCCUGGAGCAGCUCUCAGAAGCAGACGAAGCUCGCAAGCUGUGGUGGCUCCCCAUACAUCUGCCUCGGACCGUCCGCAUUGUUGUCUCCACGCUGCCCAACAAACACGGAAUCCUGCAGAAGCUCCGACACCUCAUCCAUGACGAGGGGUAUUACGUGGAGUUAGUUCAGAGAGACCGCAAGAUUUGCAGCCAAACACUAAAGCAGCAGUUGCUGGGGGUGAAGAGGAAAGUCACCUCAGGCCAACAGAUCUAUGUCAAUGAGGCACUCGCGAAGUGUACGUUACCCAUGUUUGUCAACCUCAUCUACAGAGAGGUAGUUCACUGGAGGUCUCACAAAGACGUGGAUGAUAAGUCCUUGUGCUCCACAGUGCAUGAGAGCAUCGAGCAGCUCUUCUACUCGGUGGAGAACAAGCUGGGCCAACGAUUCGUCUUCAGAGCAUUGGGGUACAUCACCAUGGCCAAGGCUGGACUAACUGAGGUGGAGCUGGAGGAUAUUCUCUCUCUGGAUAACAUUGUCCUCGGUGAUGUUAUUGUAGCAACUUACCUCAAAAACCCUUUGAGGAUCUCCUAUGACUUGGUGGCGAGGCUCAAAGAGGAGCUUGAGGGAUAUCUGGUGGAACGUCAGGUGCGUAACGUCACCCUGAUGGUCUGGGCAAACAGGCACCUGCAUCUCAUUGCCCAGAAGCUGUAUCUGAGCAAUGAGGAGGACGUUCAUCAAAUGCACAGCCUCUUAGCUGAGUACUUCCUGGGGGCCUGGUCAGGAGGCCGGAAGAAGAUCUUCACUUAUGAUAACAACCAUUUCACUUCACUCAACAUAUCUCAUCACAAGAACCCCCAUCAACAGUCCCAUGAAAAGACAUCAUCUGAUAAGUACUCCUAUGACAGGCAAACCCCUGAGCAGCCUUGGGUGUUCCAGUGCAAUCUUUUGGAGCCCGACAUUUUCUUUGUCAACCACAGAAAGAUGACGGAGCUGGUGUACCACCUCACCAGGAGUGGGCGCACCGAUGACCUAAUGUUUGGCGUCAUCAUGAACUUCAGCUGGCUCUACACAAUGAUCAAGAUUGGCCAGUUUGAUAAGGCUUUAACUGACAUUGACCUGGCGUACAGCUACACCCAAGAGAAAGAGCUGAAGUUCUUGGCCACCACUUUACGUAGCAUCAAGGUUAAAGUUCUGAAGAAUCCAGCGUCACUGUCUGCAGAACUGCAGCAACGCCUCCUGCCGGUUGUCACCUCCCUCCCAAAACUCAGACACCUUCUCUUGGAGUGCGACAAAGAUGGUCCAAAGUACUGCUCCAUAGUGCCUCUCCACUCCUCUAUGGACGUCACCUACAGUCCAGAGAGGCUUCCUCUGUGCUCUAGCUACAUGCAGAUUGUGGAGAUCUUGCCCACUCUCGCUCCGAACAUAGUCCUCGUAGCCCUUGAAGACGGGUCUGUCAGUACCUGGGAUGUCGAGAGCAGACAGCUGCUGCGACAGAUCGACACAGCCAAAUCUGUCGUGCUGGGAAUCAGGUUAACCACUGACGAAAAGUAUCUGGUUGUGGCCACGACCAAAAACACUCUGCUUAUCUACGAUAAUCACAAGUCCUGCCUUUUAUCUGAGGUCGAAAUCAAGGGGUCCAAGCAUGGUGGCGUCGCUGGUGGGGUUGCCUUCAUCAAUGGUUUUACCUUGUCCACCCAUCAUGCUUUGGCCUGGCUUGAGGCCAGUAAAGACGUCAACGUCAUUGACCUGCUCUACGGCUGGCCUCUCUACCAGUUCCAUUGCUGGUACGAGGUGACGUGUGUCCAGUGCUCUCCAGAUGGAAUGUAUGCCUUCUGUGGCCAGUACCUCAACACUGCAUCCGUCUUUCAUCUAGGAAAUGGGGACAAGCUGGCCACUGUGACCUCCGAGUUUUCUGGGGGGUUCGUCAAAUCCAUUCUGGUCCUGGACACCCUGAACCAAAUGGUAAUGAUUGAUAACGAAGGCAGUUUGUCAGUAUGGAACACCAAAGAGAUCACCAACCCAAGGCUGAUGGAGGAUUACGACUGUAGAGGGGAUGACAGUGAGGUGGUGGGUAUUGAGUUAUCAGAGGACCAGCGCUCCAUCCUCAUUUGUAAGGCUACAAGCAUUGAAGUGCUCGACACUAAAGUAUGGAAAAUGGUAGAGAAGUUCAAAGCCAAACGUACUGAGCGCUUUGUCGCUGCUGUCCUCUCCAAGAACGGACAAAGUAUUGUGGCCUCGAUGGAGAACACCUCCUCCAUCUUCGUCUGGAGGAGGGACAGUGGACAGUGCAUGGCCAGCCUGAUAGAGAUCUCAGGGAAUAUUGUCAAACUCAUUAAAUCAGUUCACCACAACUUGCUGCUCUCUGUGGCAAGUAGUGGAGUGCUCUCCGUCUGGGACAUUGACAUUAUCACCGCCAUGUCUAAUAUUGACAAAACAGGCAAGAAGAUUCAGACCUUGCUGCUGUCCGGCAGAGAGGAUUAUUUGUUUACCAUGGAUGGCUCGGAAGCCGUCCACAAGUGGAACUUCAGCACAGGUUUCAUUGAGACCAUCUUCAAGCACGAGGGUAUAGUGGAGAACUGUGUCCUCACUUCCUCAGGGGAUCUCAUGGUGACUUCAGAUGACAAGUGCAGCCAGUAUAUUUGGCAAACCGUCACCGGAGAAAACAUCUUCCGCAUCAACGGCCAGAGAAUAUCGCAGCUGCUCAUCACCCACAAUGACCAGUUUGUGGUGUCGCUCUGUGAACAGAACGCCUCCAGAGUGUGGAGGCUUGGAACCGGUCACAAAGUGUGCAACAUCCUAGUCACGCUCCAACAUGCACUGGUCACCACAGCAAACACGUUCCUUGUAGGAUCUUCCAAAAACAAACUCCUUGCUGUCAGCCUGUGGUCGGGGAGCGUCUCCAAGAAGUUUGUGUGCGAUGAUGGUAUUACCAUCGUCAACUUCAAGCUGAUCCCCGACUGCCCCGACUGUGCCGUGUUCAUCACAUCCACGGAGACCGUCUUCAUCUGGAAUGUGGCGGAUGAGUCGGUUUGCAGGCGAGUCCAACUGCCACCCAACUUCCUCAAAAAUCUGGAGGACUUCCAAAUCUCACCCAAUGGGAAACUGGGAAUCGUCUCCAAGGGGGAUGAGAAUAUUAACGUCCUGGACCUCCACAGUGGGAAGCUGAGGCUUGUCCAUGCUGCCGGUAUAAUCUGGCGUCAGAAAUUAUCCAGAGAUGGACGUUAUCUGGUAUACAUAUGUUUCCGGACCUGCGAUGAAGAUGACGAUGCCGGUGUUGUGUCCAAUCUGAUCGUGAUGCGCCUUGCUGAUGGUAAGAGCAUCGGUACAUGCUCGCUUUACAAAACUCCCACCUUCCUGUCCCUCUGCCAGCGGGCGCUAAACAUCAUCAUUGGCUUUGAGGAUGGCAGCAUUGGCACCUACACCGUAGUGGACCGUGUGGAUGCCGCCCUCAAGAUUAAGAUAGCCACCUCCAACAGCCGACAGAUUGUCAACAACGCCUCGCAGAAGGUGCGCCCCAAAUGUGGCAACCAUUCCUUCAAGACCGUAGCCGACUGCGUUUGGAGGGAGUCGACAGAGGUUUUCUCCAGGGACAGUCCCAUCAACGUGUCUGACUCCGGUGAAGUAGAGUCGACGACGCCUACAAAAAAGACUGAACUGCUGCAGUGAACAAAGGGAGGUAGAGUUUGGACAGGGGGGUGGAGACGAGACGACCAAGUUUAGAAUCUCUGGGGUUGCAGUUGAUUCUUGUUUACAGCCACGUGAUUCAGCUGCAGAUGUCAGCCCUCUGGGUAGUUAACGGGCCGACCACUUAAAACGCUGCACUCAAAUUAUGUAUUACUUACUUCCAACUUAUGAUACAGUUACUAUUCGUUUACACAUGAAGACUGUUACUAAAAUACUAUGUUUUCGAAAAAGACAAAAUAUGUAAAAUUGCGUGAGUUUAUUAGUUUCGCCAUUAUGUGUCCUUUUGCAUUUGAAGAACAAAGUUAUUAUUCAAAUGUCUUGUUCAAACAUUUUCAAAGCCAUUCCAGUGAUCUUAGCCACUUUCAUUGUACAUUAUAUUUAUUUACAUUGUGAACAUUAAGCCAUAAUGUUGUUCUUUCGAGUAUAUUUAUGUUUGUAUUAACAUCAGUCCGUACUGUACAAAAUGGAAGAACUAUGAACAUAUGUACAUAUCUCUUUUUGGCUGCUGCAAUUUGUGCAACUCCUUAAAAAAAAAUGUUAUGUUGUGCUUAAUGCAAUCAAAGUGAGUGCCUGGAAUCAAAAAUGUUCUUUAUGGGCAGAUUACAAGAUUUAUGAAAAUGCAGGGAAUUUGUAAACACAGUAUACACACAGUUGCAUAAUACUUGCAUUGACGUUAAAUCUAACCGAUCAGUUUAUCGGAAAAAAACAGUCAACAACACGAGAGAUCGACGGCAUUGCUCUUUGUGAUGAUAGUUGUAGAAGUGUCCUGGAACGGUUGGCGUAAAUUUGACGUGAAUUUAGCUGCUGUUCCGUCGAUUUGUGUGCUGUUCGUUUUAAGGGAAACACCACUAUUGAGCAUACAGUGUAGCAUAGCACCAUACACAUUCACGCCUUAACCAGUGUACUUGCUUUAGGUUUGGUUUGUUCAAAUGUUCCAGUAGAAAAAGAACAAGGAGUGAAUAUAUUUAGAGAUUUAGACGAUAGUUGGAAGCACUUUACGAGUGGUUUGUGAGAUCUUAUUAGAUUUAAUUAUAAAACAUUGUGAAAAGUGAUCUAGAUUUGUCUUAAACAGGAAGUGGAUCUGCCUACAAGGUCCUCCACGUACUUACAGGUUACAGCUGACUCACUGAAAUGCUACAGUCUCUCUCUCUCUCUAUAUGUAUAUAUAUGCCUGGUACCUUUACAAAGAUGUUGUCAUCCUAGCACUCAACUGCAGAGGUGGGCAAAUAGAAAAGCAAGUGUCAAUAAAACGUUUGUCUUUGUUUAGAAAAAAGAAAUCAACUUCUGUGAACCUGAGGAAAAACUUUGCAUGAAAAACUUAAGGUCAGGAAAUUCUAAUGUUUGGGCACAAAGUUUGCAACAUCGAUUAUUUUAGGUCAAUAAUAUUAACAAUGAGGUUACGCUGGGAAAAAAAAUGUUUUUUUUCAGAAAUUCUUUGCACAAAUUUUGGCCCUGCUUUUACGAACUAAAUCACGGCCAACUUUUGCUUCUGUGAAUUGCAGUCUUUUUUAAAAACGAAUGUGUGCCUUCUGCUUUUAAAUCCAUACUCGAGGAACGUCUUGGUAGCUGAAUUGUUAACGUGCAUGCUACGUAACCGCGAUGUCCCUGGUUUGAGUCUGGUCUGGGAGCUCUGUUGCAUGUCACACCCUGGCCCUGUUUCCCUUCUUCACUUCAAAAUAAAACACUUUAAAUGAAUAAAUCUGUUCUCAAACGUUCACAAAAGCAGAUAUUUCAAGAGAUAAUUAAUAACCUCACAUUUUAUAUCAUUUUGCCAACUAUAAUUGUAAUAAUCUUUUUUCUUGCACAGUUACGCAAGUUUUUUCGUAGGUUUACAUUGGUGGUACAAAAUGAUCAUGAAUCGUUUACAUGGUGUUUGACCUUUACUGUCCAUGAGCCUACAGAUGCUGAGUCAUGAUGACAGGUAGACACACAGUAAAAAACAAUUGUUAAGAUCUGGUUCGCUGACAAUCUAAAAAUAGAAACAUUGAGGUUGUUGCUUUUUUACAAGCAUGUCUGUAAUAACCCAAAACUUAAUUUAUUAAUUUGAUGACACCCCUGAUCUGCCAGGCAUGACUGAAAAGCAAACCCCACACACUCACACUUUGAUAUAUACUUUUUAAGGGCUAUUCCAUUAUUAUUGUACGUUUACUAGUUUUGAAAAGUCGAGAGACGACGGCCCUCAGAUAACUUCAAACUGGGAAGCAGCAUCGAGCUUUAAAACACUUCUAAUUCCCGACAAACUCAAGAGUUUCUUAAUUGACAAAAAGUUACAAAUUAAAAUCAAAAAGAUGAUGUUAUUGCCAAAGUCCCAGUUACGGUUCGGUUUUAUUCUGUUUAACGUCUGAUUUUGUUUUUUGAGGCUUGUACUGUAAUUAUAUUGUUACCAAAUCGUUUCAGUGUUGGACUGUGAUUAUGUUUAUGAUAGAGAAAGAUGUGCUAUCUUUGCUAAAAAGGUUUUAAAAAAAAAAGAGUCCUCUUAUAGAAUACAGUAUAUUGGAAUGCCAGUUUAAGAGUAUAUUUGAAUGUGUCCAUAUGGAAGCCAGUACAUGGUAUUAUUGUAUGUUCAGUAACUUGAAUGACUUUUAAUAACUUACAUGUUUGCAACUCAUAGUUGACAUACUGGUAAUGAAUGUUUCUAUGGUAUUCUUUGUAUUGUCAGGACAUACUUACCUGUUUAGAGAUUUAUAUUUUCAUAAAUGUUGUACUUACAUUUUGUUACAGAGUUGUUUAACUGGAGUUCAAACAGAAAAAGAAAACUUAUGUCUGAAGCAAUAUGAAACUAGUGUGUAUGCAUUGUUUGUAUGGAACAUUUUAAUGUAAUAAAAUGGUUCAC